GGUGGUGGGUGAUUCUCCUUGUUGACAUUUAGGUUACAUCCUAGAACUUGACCCGAAUAUCGAACUUUACGGUGUCACCUCACGCAGGACAAGGAGAAUAAAGAUAGGCAGCCAGCUAAGCCAUGGAGUCAAUGCUUAACAAAUUGAAGAGCACGGUCACCAAGGUGACGGCUGAUAUGACCAGUGCAGUGAUGGGUAACCCUGUCACCCGGGAGUUUGAGGUUGGCCGUCACAUUGCUAGUGGUGGGCCAGGAAUGUCCUGGAGGAUCUACAAUGGCAUCAAGAAGUCCACCAAACAGGAAGUAGCUGUUUUUGUCUUUGAUAAAAAGAUCAUUGAUAAGUAUCAAAAGUAUGACAAGGACCAGAUCAUUGAUUCGCUCAAAAGAGGAGUUCAGCAGUUGACUCGCUUACGGCAUCCUCGGCUUCUCACUGUCCAGCACCCAUUAGAGGAGUCCAGGGAUUGUCUAGCAUUUUGCACAGAGCCUGUUUUUGCCAGCCUGGCCAAUGUUCUGGGCCAGUGGGACAAUCUGCCCAGUCCGGUACCCACAGACAUUAAAGAAUACAAACUGUAUGAUGUGGAGACAAAGUACGGCCUGCUUCAGAUAUCAGAAGGACUGUCAUUCCUCCACAGUGGAGUAAAAAUGGUGCAUGGCAAUCUGUGCCCAGAGAACAUCAUACUAAAUAAAAGUGGAGCCUGGAAGAUCAUGGGCUUUGACUUCAGCAUAUCCUCUAGUAACCCCUCAGAUGCAGAGCCUAAGUAUGUGUGUAAGGAGUGGGAUCCCAAUUUGCCGCCGCUCUGCCUCCCCAACCCUGAAUACGUUGCCCCAGAAUACAUCCUGUCAGUCAGCUGUGACUCUGGCUCUGAUAUGUACUCUUUGGGCGUGGUCGUCCAUGCUGUCUUUAAUGAAGGGAAGCCUGUCUUCCAGGUUAACAAGCAGGACAUCUUUAAGAGCUUCAGCAGGCAGCUCGAUCAGCUGAGUCGUUUGAGUCCUGGAGUGCUGAGCCAGAUUCCAGAGGAAGUCAGGGAACAUGUGAAGAUGCUGCUGAGUGUCACAGCCAAUGUGCGGCCUGACGCAGACCAGAUGACCAAGAUUCCUUUCUUCGAUGAUGUUGGGGCCAUGACUUUGCAGUACUUUGACUCACUCUUCCAGAGGGACAACCUGCAGAAGUCUCAAUUUUACAAAGGCCUUCCUAAGGUCUUACCCAAACUACCUAAGAGAGUGGUGGUGUAUCGUAUCCUCCCUGCACUCACCUCUGAGUUUGUAAAUCCGGACAUGGUGCCGUUUGUGCUGCCUAACGUGCUCCUCAUUGCUGAGGAGUGCACUAAAGAGGAGUAUGUGCGUCUCAUCCUCCCUGAUCUGACCCCAGUCUUCAAACAGCAGGAGCCUGUUCAGAUUCUACUGAUAUUCUUACAAAAAAUGGACUUGCUUUUGACAAAGACUCCACCAGAGGAUAUCAAGAACAGUGUUCUCCCCAUGGUCUACAGGGCACUAGAGGCUCCCUCUAUCCAAAUACAGGAACUGUGUCUGAACAUCAUUCCAACUUUUGCCAAUUUGAUCGAGUACCCUUCCAUGAAGAACUCUCUUAUCCCUCGCAUCAAAACUGCAUGUUUACAGACCUCCUCAUUAGCGGUUAGAGUCAAUUCCCUGGUAUGUCUUGGGAAGAUACUUGAAUAUAUGGAUAAAUGGUUUGUCAUUGAUGAGAUCCUGCCCUUCUUGCAACAGAUACCCUCCAGGGAGCCUGCAGUGCUCAUGGGGAUUCUAGGGAUCUACAAGUGCACUUUCACCCAUAAAAAACUUGGCAUUCCAAAAGAACACCUUGCAACCAAGAGUUUGCCUCAUCUGGUUGCUCUUAGUAUUGACAACAACCUUAAUCUCAACCAGUUUAACUCUUUCAUGGCUGUGAUCAGAGAUAUGCUUAAUCGGAUGGAGGCUGAACACAAGACCAAGCUGGAGCAGCUUCAUGUCAUGCAGGAACAACAAAGGAGUCUAAACAUUUCCAGUCAGAUGAACCAAUCAGAGGAGCCCAAGAGUACCCCCAAUCCUGCCAGCAAAGUUAGAGAGAUUGAUGAUAUCUUUGGUGGAGGCUCAGUGAGUUCAAAUGUGAAUGGAAAAGAGAAUGGACCUACUGCUACGUCCUUCCAGCCCUCAAGAGUAUCUCUGACGCUGGAGGAGAAACAGCGCUUGGCCAAAGAACAAGAGCAGGCAGCCAAACUGAGGAACCAGCAGCCGCUAGCCCCACAAACUGUUAAACCAGCAACAACCACCACACAGGCCAAGGAUCUGACCAGCAGUCUUCUGAACAACAUGACUUCACUGAGCAACUUAUCUAUGAGCUCAGGCCCCAAGCCAGGGGCUCCCAUGUCAUCUGGGUUCUCUUCUGGGCCCACCAUGGGUAACAUGAGCACCAUGGGCUCUGUGAGCAACGGCUUCAACUCACCCAUGGGUUUCCAGACUGGAAGCAUGGGUGUGGGCAUGCGCCCUGCCACACCUAGCCUCUAUGGAGGCAUGGCCACCACCACCAGCACCCCCAACUUCAGUGCCCUCACCCAAAACCAGAACCAGCAAAACAAGCCCCCAGACAUGUCUGCCCUUGAUUCACUGUUUACUCCCAACAAACCCAAAGUCAGUCUGAACCAAAUGGCUUCCAAGCCAGUUCCAGGAACUACUGUAUCCUCUCCCUGGCUCAGCCAGUUUGGAACAGGCCAGCAGCCCCAGAGUGCACCCCUCCAGGGGGCCCCCAUGGGAAUGGCAGGGGUACAUGGGGGUUUUGGGAUGCAGGCUAACCCAUUCUUCAACCCUCAGAACUUCUCACAGUCUUCAGUUACCCCUGCCAUGAACCAAGGAGGGCUGAAACAGAGCACCUCGGUCAACAACGACCUGAAGGACCUCUUUGGCUAGAGUUAGACCUGCACUCUCUGUUGCUGUGGGUAAAGUGAGAAAAAUCAGAGAAGGGAGGUGACCGAAACAAUAACAGGUGGGACUGCUAAAUUAGAGAAUGAAGGGGAAUGUGUAAUCCAGUUGAGGUUUAUUUUCAUUUUAGAUGUGGUCAG